GCGACGGGAGGGGGCUGCCAGUCCACGGGACUCCCCGCGGGGUCCUCCCGGGACCGUGGAGCAGGGCUGGGGCGCCGAGGGCGUGGCCUCGCGUGGCGAGUGCGCAUGCGCGCCCGUGAGUAGCCGCCUGGUCCAGGAAGCGAGCCGGCGGUUUACGUGCUGCUGGUCCCACCCGCGUUCCCGGGAAGCCCGUGCCGCCCCCCCGGAGCCCGAGUCCUCCUCCGAGAUCCUGGGACUUGCCUUACGUCUGAUUGCUGAGGAAGUGGUCACAAACAGUCCGACAUCAGGUGAUUUCUGUGCCCCUAGAUGGGCCUGGCCCUGGCUGGGUACUGGGGUACAGAGGUAAGGCAGCUCCCUCCCUGCCCUUCAGGGGUCACAGUCUGAUGAGGAGACCCAUAGUCCCUGCGGGUGCAGGAGGGAGGAGGUGAUGCAGAUAAUCAGAGGCAAGAGUCGCUGACGCUGGAGGAUCCGGGCAUUCCAGCUGCAGAAGGACCUAUGGAUCAUGGCAGGAAGGGUGAAGUGGGUCACUGACAUUGAGAAGUCGGUGCUAAUCAAUAACUUUGAGAAGAGAGGAUGGGUCCAAGUGACAGAAAACGAGGAUUGGAAUUUUUACUGGAUGAGCGUGCAAACCAUCCGCAAUGUGUUCAGCGUGGAAACUGGGUACCGACUCUCAGAUGACCAGAUCGUCAACCACUUCCCCAACCACUACGAGCUGACCCGCAAGGACCUGAUGGUGAAGAACAUUAAGAGAUAUAGAAAGGAGCUGGAGAAGGAGGGGAGUCCUCUGGCAGAAAAAGACGAGAAUGGAAAAUACCUCUAUCUGGACUUUGUCCCGGUCACCUACAUGCUCCCUGCUGACUACAACCUGUUUGUGGAGGAGUUCAGGAAGAGCCCAUCGAGCACCUGGAUCAUGAAGCCGUGUGGCAAAGCCCAGGGAAAGGGCAUCUUCCUCAUCAAUAAGCUCUCACAGAUCAAAAAGUGGUCUCGGGACAGCAAGACGUCUUCGUUUGUCUCACAAUCCACGAAAGAAGCCUACGUGAUUUCUCUCUACAUCAAUAACCCAUUACUCAUUGGCGGGAGGAAGUUUGACCUGCGCUUGUAUGUCCUGGUGUCCACAUACCGCCCGCUGCGCUGCUACAUGUAUAAGCUUGGGUUCUGCCGAUUUUGCACAGUGAAAUACACACCGAGCACCAGCGAGCUGGACAACAUGUUCAUCCAUCUCACCAAUGUGGCCAUCCAGAAGCAUGGAGAGGACUAUAACCACAUCCAUGGUGGCAAGUGGACUGUGAACAACCUGCGGCUCUACCUGGAGAGCACCCGAGGCAGGGAAGUCACCAGCAAGCUGUUCGAUGAGAUCCACUGGAUCAUUGUGCAGUCCCUCAAGGCUGUGGCGCCGGUGAUGAACAAUGACAAGCACUGCUUUGAAUGCUACGGGUACGACAUCAUCAUUGAUGACAAGCUGAAGCCCUGGCUGAUCGAGGUUAAUGCAUCCCCAUCUCUCACCUCCAGCACCGCCAAUGAUCGGAUCCUUAAGUACAACCUGAUUAAUGACACCCUCAACAUUGCAGUCCCCAACGGCGAGAUUCCAGACUGCAAAUGGAACAAGUCCCCCCCGAAGGAAGUUCUUGGCAAUUAUGAAAUCCUGUACGAUGAGGAGCUUGCCCAAGGUGACGGGGCAGACCGGGAGCUCAGAAGUCGCCCAGGCCAGCCACCGGGGCCUAGAGCAGGCCGGUCAAGAGACUCAGGGAGAGCUGUCCUCACAACUUGGAAGUGACUGCUGGCGGGAACAAAAGCCCCCAUCCUGGACCUCCUCAAAGUAACUCUUUGCCCCAGAUCCUGCUAAGGACCUAUUUUGGAAUUUCCCUUUUUCUAGAGAGCCUCUUUCUUGAGCUCUGUAAGUAAAUAAAGGCACUCUGGGAGUUGGA